AUGAGCUCAUUGAAUAUCACGGGCAGUUUGUCGAUCAAUCGUCCUGUUUUCUUACAGAUUAUGUUUCCUCGAAAAUUUCUUGCUGUCAUGAGCAAAUUAGUUAAGUACGGGAGAUUACGAAAACCACAGGGCGAAGUGGAGAAAACAUCAAGUUAUAACUACGACUAUGUUCCACACAGAUCCAAUCCUGCGAACACAGCAAAACCAUUAGAGACGUAUGUGGCCAACAAAGUACCAUUUGAGGAUGGUACCACACACAAUCACACUUAUCUUCCAUGGCAAGUGAAAAAAGUUGAUAGUAUGAAACCCGACAAUUCUUUAAAAACAACAGACGCCAAGAUGAAUACGAAAUCAACUCAUCAAUUGGAUUUUCCGGGGCAUUAUGGAGCCAGAACGCAGACAAUAAAUCCACCUGGUCCUGUUUUACGUCUGUCAUCUGCACCAAUGGAAGGCAAAACAACAACUAAGAUUGACUAUACUAAAAAAGACAUUCAACCAAGAAGCCCCAUGAAACCAGUAUACGAGUACCCCAGCAAUAGGCCGCCACUCGAUGACAUGACUACUUGUAGUAGAGAUUUUAAAUGGAAAGAUGGUAAACCAGCAGAAUGUUUUAAGCCUUCUGCUGCAGUUAUGACAACAGGUGUACCAUUUGAAAGCGAUACGAGCUAUCAGAAUACAUUUAAAAAAUGGCCAGUAACGAAACGCGAGGCGAAAGAGAAAGAAACAUACCAACGACCAACAACGAAGUUUGGUGGUACAACUUCCUUUCAACGUGAUUACGUCAAACAUCCGCUAUGUAGAGCGAAGUUAGCUAAACCAGACAUCUACGCCUUUUCAUCUAAACAGCCUUUGAAUGACAGCACCGAACAUAACGAUUCGUUUAAGCUAUGGAAUGUUGGUUUACCAGAUAGAGCACGAAAACCAGACGACUACAAACCACCAUCGACGAAAUUUGGUGGUCGUACCAACUAUCAAAGUCAUUAUACAGGAGAUUACACCGUUCCAGCUGAGGCAGUUAAACCAUCAGCAGCAACAACUAUUCGAGGUGAUAUGGAAUUUAAUACAUGCUAUAAAGACACUUUUAAAGGCCACCGACCGCCCCCUUGCCCAGCAAAAGAGCCAAUGCCUGGAUUUUCCUACGUCGGUACGGUUCAUGGACAUACGUUUUAUAGGCCAGAAAUAGGCAAUAAGAGUGAAACAGUACAAGCUUGAAAUAUAUUUGUAUAGAAACUUGUGGUAACAUAAUGAACGAAACACCUGAAUAUACAUAACAGUUUAACUUUAACACCUAACUCUAAGACUGUGUAAAUAUACGUUAAGAUACGUAUGCAAGUAAAUGGUAUUAUGCAUUGAAGAUGCUUUUGACCAAUGAAUAGCAUGAAGCAACAACUUCAAAACAAAGAAUGCAAGGCGAUUUAAAAGGAAUAUAAUAUUUAAAAGAUUCUACACCACUUUCUGUUUGAUAAUAAUUCAUAACUUUGUAAUAAUUUAUGAUCAAAAGGUAUGGAAAGCACAAACUUAAAA